UAUCCCCUUUCCCUUCCCACUACAGUCACCUCUUGUGCUCUCACUCACUCACUCACUCACACAAAGCAACCCGCGUUGGGCCCUUGAAACUUUCGAAACGUUCCUCUUUCCACCACCACCACCAUGGCUAGAUCCCACCAGCGGUAUCGCGGCGUCCGACAGAGACAUUGGGGUUCUUGGGUCUCCGAAAUUCGCCACCCUUUACUGAAGACCAGAAUUUGGCUAGGCACAUUCGAAACGGCGGAGGACGCAGCAAGAGCAUACGAUGAAGCAGCGAGGCUCAUGUGCGGCACAAAGGCACGUACCAAUUUCUCAUACAAUCCCAAUGAGACCAUGUCACAUUCAUCCAAGCUUCUCUCGGCAGCUUUGAUUGCAAAGCUCCACAAAUGCAACAUGGCCUCUCUGCAAAUGGCCAAAACUACUAAUAACAAGCCAGUUCCAAAGGAGGAGCCACAGCAACAAGUACACUACAUGCCAGCAGCCCCUUCUGCCACCUGCAUUAUCGAAACUGGCGACGUUUCGGGUUUCGAUUGGCCCGAGAAGAUCAGAGAGUACAGUGGAGUGCAGCAAUGGGUUGAACAGGGGAGCUGGGUUGGUGGUGGUGAUCAGGUACUCGGGAGUCCACACGAUCAUCAGCAGCAUCAUCAGCAUCAGCAGGAGUUUAUUGAGAGACUUGAGGAUGAUCAUAUAGAGCAGAUGAUUGAGGAGCUGCUUGAUUAUGGUCACAUUGAGAUUUGUCCUGGUGUUUCAACAUAGGGAAGAGAAACUCAUCAAUUCAUCAGCAUCUUCUGUGCGAA